UCGGUCUCAUGCACACCAAUCUGCAAGCUGUCAAUAAACAUGGCUUUGAGACGAGCGUUGCAUUUUGUUUUCAAAGUUGGCGACAGGACCAAAACUGCAACAUUUUACCGAGAUGUUCUGGGCAUGAAGAUUUUACGCCAUGAAGAGUUUGAGGAAGGCUGCAAAGCAACGUGUAAUGGCCCCUACGAUGGAAAAUGGAGCAAGACAAUGGUUGGCUUUGGCCCAGAAGAUGACCAUUUUGUUGCUGAACUGACAUACAAUUAUGGGCUGGGAGAGUAUCAACUUGGCAAUGACUUCUUGGGUCUCACUCUGCAGUCGAGCCAGGCUGUAAGCAAUGCUAAACGUCUGGGAUGGCCUCUUACUGAGGUAGGAGAGGCGCUGUAUCUGACUCAGGCUCCAGGAGGAUAUCCUUUCUACCUUGUAGACAAAGAGCAGCCUCUCAGAGACCCUGUGCAGAAGGUUUGUCUCGGAGUAUCAGACCUCCACAGAUCGACCCACUACUGGACUACACUCUUGGGAAUGAAGGUGUUUGAAAAGAAUGAGGAAAAGAAAACUGUGCUGAUGGGAUUUGCAGACACGCAAUGUAAACUGGAGCUUCAUGAUAAUGGUGGGACAGUAGAUCAUGGAACAGCAUUUGGAAGAAUUGCAUUUUCAUGUCCACGGGAGCAACUGCCUGACCUCGAAGACACAAUGAAAAAGGCAAAUCAGAAAAUUCUCACUCCAUUAGUCAGCCUGGACACUCCUGGAAAGGCCACAGUAGAAGUGGUUAUUUUGGCUGACCCAGAUGGUCAUGAGAUUUGCUUUGUGGGAGAUGAGGCUUUCAGGCAACUGUCACUGGUGGACCCCAAAGGAAAUGAACUGCUUGAUAAGGCUAUGGCUGAAGAUAAAAGUGACGAGUGGUUUGCCAAACACAAAAGACAGAAAGCUGCUGCAUGAGAUAAAGGAGCUUGCCUGGAAAAUUGUGCACCAUCCAUUUCUCACCAGUUCGUAUGAUGAAGAGAUGCACAAGGCCCCUGUGGUGUAAAUGUUCUUGUAGUGAUAACUCGAUUAUCCUAAAGCUGGAGGUAUGAGAUCUAUUUUUCACCUGGAUCCAUGCCAUGAGGCGCUCCUGUUCCUCAUGGCAUUGACAGCACUGGGCCACUUGUUCAAUUUGAUGGAAAUUUUUUUUCCAAUUA